CCCGGCGGAGGCAGUUGUACGAGAACAUGGCAAGUGCAGGGGCUGCGAAGCUUUUGUCGGGCAAUUUCGGAAAUGUCUGUCGCCAGCUCGCUGUGCGCUCCCAGAGCACAGCAGCUGCAACAGCUGCCCAACCUGUACCAGAAAAGAGGUUGAAGAAGUUUUCCAUUUAUCGCUGGGAUCAGAAGCAAGGAGACAAGCCUCACAUGCAGACCUAUGAGGUUGAUCUCAACACCUGUGGUCCCAUGAUACUGGAUGCUCUGCUAAAGAUUAAGAACGAGAUCGACCCUUCCCUGACCUUUAGAAGAUCAUGCCGAGAGGGAAUCUGCGGAUCUUGCUCCAUGAACAUUGGUGGUGUUAAUACAUUGGCCUGCAUCAGCAAAAUCGAUACAAACUUGAACAAGGCGACAAAGAUCUACCCCCUUCCUCACAUGUACGUCAUUAAGGACCUGGUUCCUGACAUGAAUAAUUUCUAUGAACAGUAUCGUUCAAUUCAGCCCUGGUUACAGCGUGACGAUGGUCUCAAACCAGGCGACCAGCAGUACCUGCAGUCUGUUGAUGACCGCAAAAAGCUGGAUGGUCUUUAUGAGUGCAUUCUUUGUGCUUGCUGUUCCACUUCCUGCCCAUCAUACUGGUGGAACGGAGACAAGUACCUUGGCCCAGCAGUCCUCAUGCAAGCCUACCGAUGGAUCAUUGACUCCAGGGAUGAAAUGUCUGAGGAACGUCUGAAGAGGCUACGUGAUCCUUUCUCAGUUUACCGUUGCCACACCAUCAUGAACUGCACAAAACAUGCCUAA